AUGGAGGAGACCAACACAACAGACCUGUCUCUGUUCAAUGAUUCCUUCUUGUUUUGGUGGGGUGUUUGGUUCUGUGGGCUGCUGGGAAAUGUGGUGGUCAUGCGGUUCCUGGGCUUCCACAUGAAGAAAAGCCCCUUCACUGUCUACGUCCUGAACCUGGCCAUCACUGACUUCUUUCUGAUCCUUUUUUUUUUCAGCAUUUAUCUCCUGACAGCAAUCAGUGUGGAGCGAUGUCUCUCCAUCCUCUUCCCAAUCUGGUACCGAUGCCACUGCCCCAACCACUUGUCAGGCAUCGUGUGUGGGGUCCUCUGGGCUUUGCCUGGUCUUUUCAUAACUUCAUUGUCCCUGCUGGUGGCUGCAAAAAGCAGCAUUAACCCGUUAAUUUACUUCCUGGUGGGGAGCUACCAGCACCGCCAGUUCCAGGGCUCGGUGAAAGCCGCUCUGCAGUGA